UCCCCGCCAUAUUGAAAUACCUGAAGAGUCAUUAGAGACAGCCGACUGAAAAUUUUACACCGCAAUUUUGGAACAUGGAUCCAAUGUUUCUAGCUUAUAGUUUUUUCCGAAGACGCAAAUUCGAACAGUGUGUUAAUCUUUGUACUCAGCUCCUUGAAAAGAAUCCCUAUGACCAGGCUGCUUGGUCCCUAAAGACCAAAGCCCUUACAGAGCAGGUGUAUGUAGAUGAAGUAGAGAUGGAUGAGGAAGGUAUUGCUGAAAUGUUGAUGGAUGACAAUGCUAUAGCACAAAUUACUAGGCCAGGCACUUCACUGAAGAAACCUGGAACAAGCCAGAGUGGACCUAGCCAAGGUGUUAGACCAAUGUCCCAGUCAGGGCGUCCCCUCAGUGGUUUUGUGCGUCCAGGGACACAGUCUGGUAGACCUGGUACAAUGGAGCAAGCAAUCAAGACUCCCAGGACAGCCCACACUGCCAGGCCAGUCACCAGUGCAUCAGGAAGAUAUGUCAGGCUAGGAACAGCUUCAAUGUUGUCUACACCUGACGGACCUUUCAUUAAUCUUGCAAGGCUGAACUUUAGCAAAUAUGCACAGAGACCUAACCUUGCCAAGACACUUUUCGAGUACAUUUUGUAUCACGAAAAUGAUGUGAGAAAUGCUUUAGAGCUUGGAGCUUUGGCUACCGAAGCCUGCCAGUUCAAGGACUGGUGGUGGAAGGUUCAGCUUGGAAAGUGCUUCUACAGACUCGGCUUGUAUCGAGAAGCAGAGAGACAAUUCAAAUCGGCCAUGAAUCAGAUGGACAUGGUGGACACAUUUCUCUAUCUGGCUAAAGUAUAUGUUAGACUAGAUCAGCCUUUAACUGCCGUAGAGAUAUUUAAGCAAGGUUUAGAAAAAUUUCCUGGAGAAACAGCCAUCCUCACUGGCAUAGCAAGGAUAUAUGAGGGUUUAAAUGAUAUGGAGAAUACUGUGAAGUAUUACAAAGAUGUCCUUCACUAUGACAACAUGCAUGUGGAGGCAAUAGCUUGCAUAGGGACAAAUCACUUCUACACUGACCAACCAGAAGUUGCACUGAAAUUUUACAGACGUCUGCUGCAGAUGGGGGUCCACAAUGCAGAAUUAUACAAUAACCUAGGAUUGUGUUGCUUCUAUGCUCAGCAGUAUGAUAUGACUCUGACCUGUUUUGAGCGUGCCCUUGCUCUUUCCACUGAAGAAAAUGCUUCAGAUGUUUGGUAUAACAUAGGACACAUAGCUCUUGGAAUAGGUGAUUCCAAUUUGGCAUACCAGUGCUUUAGGUUAGCAUUAACUAACAACAAUGACCAUGCAGAGGCAUACAACAACUUAGGAGUGCUGGAAUUGAGAAAAGGACAUUUAGAGCAGGCUAGAGCAUUUUUCCAAGCAUCUACAGUAUUGUCCCCACACAUGUUUGAACCUCAUUAUAACUAUGCAGUUCUUUCAGAUAGGGUUGGUGAUCUCCAAACAAGUUUCAGUGAAGCCCAGAAAGCUCUGACAUCAUUCCCAGACCAUGCAGAUUCAAAGGAUUUGCUGAAACAACUAAAACAGCAUUUCUCUUUACUUUAGUAUGGAGUUUAUCCCUUUGAUUUUCCUUAUCAGUAUAUUUAUCCAAAGCAAUGGGAUUUAUUAAUUUAUUAGAGUUUGUAUGCUAUACAUAGAUGGAUACAAGAUGAAUGUGAAGGCAGUUUGCUGUAACUUUUGCCUGUUGAAUUAUUACACCAAACUUUUUCUUCAGAAUUUAGGCAUUUGGUGAUUUUUAACUCAGUUCUGAUGCAGCCCCCAAGGGUUGGUCCUACUUUAAAUGUUCAAAGAUUUUUUUUAAUUUUUCAAAAACCCAAACUAAAAUCAGAUGUGAAACCAAUUUGAAGACAAGUCUUUAUAUUUAAUAUUCUUUAUGAAUUUAUGAUUUACAAUUAAAAUCUGCUUUGUGAAUUAAUGAUUAACAUUAGAAAGUGUUUAAAGAUAUUUUUGUGAAACAUUCUUUUACUGAAUAUCUAUUUGUAAUGAAGUAAUUGAAGUAUGUUUUUGCUCUACUAUUGUGCAAAUGCCUAUAAAAUAGAUUUUUCUACAAGUUUAUGAUGAUUUUGAAAAUACACAUACAGGAAACUCCGCGUCAAAGCAUUGAGGAACGUACUACAAUGUAGUACAUGUAGUACUAUAAUGUCUCUAUUUCAAAACACUUUGUGCUGGUCAGAGUAAACAUAAAAAGUACUGAAAACCGUUAUUUCAAUAAUAAACGCAUUUAAGUUUCAAGUCA